AUGAUAAUGAUGGCUACGAUAGCAUCGUCGACAUCAACGAUAUAUGAGAAUAUUUCUGAUACCCAAUCAACGAGCCAUUUAGACGACUUAAAACUGGAGGAUUCAGGAACGUACGAUGCGGACUCGAGGAGUAACUCAAAUGAGAAAAUCACAAGCUGCUCCGAGUCACCAGAGUUGUGCUCAUCGCAUCAGGACGAUGACAAACAUAUCUACACGAAUAUCCGAGAAAUGGACGAGUUGAAUCAUCGUCCGUAUCCGCCAGUCCCAGAUGUAGCAGAUGUACCACGACGAAAUCUGAACAAUGGAUGGAUGGAGUACGAAACUGAGGCGGGAAGGAUGAAUGCUUUUUCCAGGACAUAUUUCUAUAACUUUGAAACUGGGAAGAGUCAGUGGAUCCCUCCAAGAUUCAUUCGAACACCAGCGCAAGUUCAGGAUUUCAAAAACUCUCCACCAUUGCCCACAUAUCACCACGCCACCUCGAGCAGUGACGACGCUGCGAUGUUGUCAUCAUUCCAUGCACAAACGGGUCCAGAUCCUUUGGGUUUGAGCCUAAGACAGGUACUUAAUUCGCUUCGAAUCUUCGAUUUUUUUGUUCUAACAAAUUUCUAA